AUGACAAAAAUUAUUUCAGUAAUUAUUGCAACAGUAAUUCUUCAUAUUACAAUUGAUCAUUGUCAAGCAUGGGAUAAAUCAGAUUCUAAAGGAAAUCAAACAAGAACAUAUCCAGUAAAAGUCAAUAAAUCAACAAUUAAUAACAAUCGUCAUCAAUAUCGUAUUCGUCGUCAACAAGGAGAACCCUCAUCUAAUUCUGAUACAGCUGCAGCAGUUCUUUCAAUUCUUCCAUUAGAUCGUAUUGGUACUAUUGUUGGUCAAAUAAUGGCAACUGGUCUUAAAGAAAUGCUUAGUCCAGAUGUUGGAAAAAAAAUUGUUAAUGUUUUAGAAAAUCAAGCACCAUUAUUAGUAACAUCACUAUUUAGCAAUCUAUUAGGUACUUUAAGUGGUCCAGUACGAUCAACAUCAACAAAAACAAAUGUAACAACAUCAUCAAUAUCAUUGAAUAAUAAUGCUAUUAAACAGUUAACUAAUGUUUCAACAUCAGAAAUUAUCAAUGCCAUACGACAACCAGGAAGAAAAUAA